UAAUUGGGAGGACAUAGCAAGGUGUAUAUAAGUUUUUGUGUGAGAAACUGACUUGAUUUGUAAACUUUCACUUAAAGCACAAUAAAAAUUUAAAAAGUGGAUGGUUGUCAUAAAGAUACAUGGUAUUCCACUGAGUUAAAUAUACUAUAAUGUAUUUAAGCUGGUUUGGUAUUUUCUUGUAUCUGAGUUCUUUGGGCAAGUCAUAUAACUGUUUUCUCUAGUUAAAUUAGGGUGAUCAUAAUUUGUGAGCCUUUACCAUGUGUCACUGUUCUAAGAAGCACUUCAUAUGUGUUAACCUACGUAAUCUUUCUAACAACUUUAUGAAGUAGGACUAUUAUGUCCCUGUUGUAAAGAUGAGAUCCUGAUGCAUAGAGAGGUUAAAGCAACUCAUUCAAGGUUGCACAGCUAACAAGAGCCAGGAUUUGAAUUCAGGCAGCAUAGCUCCAGCACCCCUUCCCCUCUUAACUGCUGUGCUAUGCCAGUUCUGUAAUGUUGUUUGCUGCUGUUGAGUAAGCCCCCAACUCAUGGUGACCCAGUGCACAACAAAACGAAAUGCCGCCCAGUCUGGCUCCAUCCCCAUGAUGAGGGUUGGACUGUUGUGAUCUAUAAGGUUUUAAUUGGCUGAUUUUUGGAAGCAGAUCGCCCCAGACUUUUCUUCCUAGUGUAUCUUACUCUGGAAGCCCCACUGAAACCUGUUCAGCAUUGUAGCAGCAGGCAGUCCACCACUAACAGACAAGUGGUAAGUGGUGGCUGCACAUGAAGUGCACUGGCCAGGAGUCGAAUCCCAGCCUCUCACAUGGAAGAGACCAUGGCGAGCCCAGGGAAAGACAAUUAUCGAAUGAAGAGCUAUAAGAACAAUGCCUUAAACCCUGAGGAAAUGAGGCGAAGAAGAGAGGAAGAGGGCAUUCAGCUCCGGAAGCAGAAGCGGGAGCAACAACUUUUUAAAAGGAGAAAUGUUGAGCCGAUUAAUGAAGAAGCAGCCAUGUUUGAUAGUCUCCUCAUGGACUCAUAUGUGAGCUCUACCACUGGGGAGGGUGUGAUCACAAGAGAGAUGGUGGAGAUGCUCUUUUCUGAUGAUUCUGACCUGCAGUUAGCAACCACACAGAAAUUCCGGAAACUGCUCUCCAAAGAGCCUAGUCCCCCAAUAGAUGAAGUCAUCAACACUCCAGGAGUGGUGGAUAGGUUUGUGGAGUUUCUGAAGAGGAACGAGAAUUGUACAUUACAGUUUGAAGCUGCCUGGGCUCUAACAAACAUUGCCUCUGGAACCUCUCAGCAGACCAAAAUUGUCAUUGAAGCAGGGGCUGUCCCCAUUUUCAUAGAGCUACUUAACUCAGACUUUGAGGAUGUACAGGAACAGGCAGUCUGGGCACUGGGAAACAUAGCUGGAGACAGCUCCGUUUGCCGAGAUUACGUCUUGAACUGUUCUAUCCUUAAUCCUUUGUUAACACUCCUUACCAAGUCCACACGACUGACAAUGACACGAAAUGCAGUCUGGGCCCUGUCAAACCUGUGCCGGGGAAAGAAUCCACCCCCAGAUUUUCCAAAGGUCUCUCCUUGUUUGCCCGUGCUGUCUCGCCUGCUCUUCAGCAGUGACUCAGACUUGCUGGCGGAUGCUUGCUGGGCCCUCUCUUACCUGUCUGAUGGCCCCAAUGAGAAGAUCCAGGCAGUCAUAGACUCUGGAGUUUGCCGGAGAUUGGUGGAGCUUCUGAUGCACAACGAUUACAAAGUGGCUUCUCCUGCCCUGCGAGCCGUGGGUAACAUUGUCACUGGGGAUGACAUCCAGACCCAGGUGAUUCUUAACUGUUCAGCCCUCCCUUGUCUCCUCCACUUGCUGAGCAGCCCCAAGGAGUCAAUCCGGAAGGAAGCUUGUUGGACCAUUUCAAACAUCACUGCUGGCAACAGAGCUCAAAUACAGGCUGUUAUAGAUGCAAAUAUCUUCCCUGUGUUGAUCGAAAUCCUUCAGAAAGCAGAGUUCCGCACAAGGAAAGAAGCAACGUGGGCCAUCACCAAUGCCACAUCAGGAGGGACCCCUGAGCAGAUCAGGUACCUGGUCUCAUUGGGCUGCAUCAAACCCCUGUGUGACUUGCUGACUGUCAUGGAUUCGAAGAUUGUACAAGUGGCCCUCAAUGGACUAGAGAACAUCUUGCGGCUUGGAGAGCAAGAAGGCAAGCGCAACGGCUCAGGGGUCAAUCCCUACUGUGGCCUCAUCGAGGAAGCUUAUGGCUUAGAUAAAAUUGAGUUUCUCCAGAGCCACGAGAACCAGGAAAUCUACCAGAAGGCCUUUGACCUCAUUGAGCACUACUUUGGCGUAGAAGAUGAUGACAGCAGCCUGGCUCCCCAGGUGGAUGAAACGCAACAGCAGUUCAUCUUCCAGCAGCCUGAGGCCCCCAUGGAGGGCUUCCAGCUAUAAUGUCUGCCUCCGGGGAGGGGAGGGGAUGGGAAGCACCACCAGCCAGCGGAAAAGCAGCCCUCUGGUGGGCGGGAAACCAGCCCCCCCACCAUCAGCUACCACACACCUCUGCUGCCCUGGAGACUGUGCUCUUGACCUGCUCCACCCCCUUCCCUGGAGGGCGCACCCUCUGGACAGACAGAACCAUCUGAGGCUCACAUUUGGGUUUUGUGACAAGAAGGGGACAUGUUGGGUUUUUCUUCCUUACACUAUAUUUUGGCUGCACACAUGUCUUUAACCCAGGAGCCCAGGGGUAGACAAAGGAGGACUGAGGUAAUCAAUUUUGCACCUUUUUUUAUUUUUUUCUUUUGUGGUGACUUCCUUCCCUUUUAUUUUUCUUCAUCCUUCCCAGUCCUCUGCCCUGAUCUCUGUAACUUAUCUUGGGUACUUGAGCAGAUGGAAUAUUCCAGAGGUGGGGGGUGGGAGGGGAGGGGAGAAAUCCAAAACAAAGUGUUCUUGCUCUGACAGAAUAUUAAUCUUGUAUGCUUGGAUUGAGUUAUUUAAUUUUUUUCUUUUGCACAUUUUUCUUGUAUUAAGGUUGCUUUUCUCAAGAGCCAUGAGGUCCUGGUUUUAGGAAUCCUGGCUGUCAGCAUUGUCUGGGACUAGAGGCUGAUGGGGAGGCUACCAUGAGGCAAAUGUCCUUUCUUCCCUCUGACCCCUUGCCCAGACCUCUUUAGUUUGGGAGAUCCCCCUCACUUUCCUGGGACAAAUACUCCAGUGGGAAUGGAGGGGAGGAGCACAGGCCUUCAGACGGGGCUUCCCACGCGUCGCUACUGAUCCCAUGUUUCCUACCCACCUUCCAAAAGGUGCGACCCAACUUCAUUUGUUUACUUGAAAAUUGCCCCCCGGAGUUGAAUGAUCCUCCGAGGUGGCUGUAUUUUCUCCUAAGCACGAGAUGGGAGGCUGUGGUCCUUCCUUUCUCCUGCGGAGAAGAUGGUCCUUGCUCUGGUGACCCUUAAAUUUCAGAGGAAGUUGGAGUGAGAGUGUCAUGUAUUGGGAUAGCCAAGGAUCCCUGCCUUUGGCCUUUCUUCUUCUUCCUCUUCCAUAGUUGGAUCAUGUAUAUUUUACUUCCAAAGGAGAGAAUGUCAAAAAGUUCUGUAUUUUUUUAUAUUCUAUAUAUUAGGUAGGUUAAUUGUAAUUGGUCUCAAGAGGAGGAACUGUCUGUAAUUGUUUUAAGUAGGAUACUGUGAGGAAGACCAAAAAGAGAUGUGGAAGCCCCCACACUCACGGGGCCUGAGCUUGGUCCUUUCCCUCUCUGCUUGGGUUUUGGGCCACCACCUGGGACCAACCCUCAGCUCUGGAACCUUUAUAUAGCAGGACAGCUUCAUCUGAUUGUUCUAGUACCUGAAGGGAGCAAGGAUGCCCCAGGGCCUCGUGAAGUCCUGACUGCUGAGCAUCCUACUUACGUUAGGAAACCCAGAAAGCAGUCUGCCUUCUCAGAUUCAGUCUCCAAGACCCCUGUUCACAUGACUUAUCACACAUGGCUGCCUCUCCUAUCAUCACAGAGACUUGAGCAGCCUAGUACUUUCAUGAGAGCUAUUGGUAUCUUCCUCUUUGGGGUCGUGGUACCUGGUUUGGGUCUUACUCUUCCUUGUGACAACUUGCCUUUUCUUUCUCUUUGGGUAAAGCUAGUGUAGUGCCUCAAUGGCUUCCCUGUGCCUCUGGGUGGAUUACAUAUGAUAAUAAACCCCAGUUGUCAGGGAUCAGGGUGGAGAAAGUUGUCAGCUUAAAUACAGACCAAGUGUGGAGCUGCUGAAGGCACAAUCUGACCCUCCCCGCCCGUCCCACUGUGGUCAGUUAGAGAGAGGCCCUGCUCCAAGCUGACUUUUCUUUCCCCAAACAGUGCCAUUCUUGCCCCCAUGCCUAUAUAUCCCCUUCUGGCUCAGGUGAAACCCAUCCCCCUCUGCUUAUAGGUUUAAAGUUUGGGUGUUCACUGUGGGUCAUUGGUUUUGGAUUUGCCAUCUCCUUCUAGUGUUAAGGUCCAACUCUAGGGCCGUUCUAUGAGCAAGGUAAUUUGGGGCUGGCAAUUAUCACUGGAAAGUUACACCAGCGCUAUUCUGCGCUGGUGAGUCAGAUGCCACUUGUCAACUUGGGAACGAUUACUACCAACCCACAAUUUCCCAGGUAGGCAAGGGACAGGACAAAUUUUCACUUGGCCUGGUGCCUCCAUUACAAAAGAAUUCUCCUAUAUUUCAAAGAAAGGCUUUUUUCCCCAUUGCCCUUAUCCAGAGGAUAGAAGAAAUUUUUCAAUGUCUCUGACGUUAUGGCCAAAUUCUUAGUGUGAGACCUACACAUCCUGCUUUCCUAACUGUUCUUCCAAAGUCCACUUCGGCUUUAGAUCUGAGCUUUGUACCAGAUGGAAGACUUUUUUGGUCAUCUAGCUGGUGCUUGAAGCCAUUUUUCUCCAAGUACUUCAAAGGCUGAAGUGUCCCUGGAGGUACAACGUGAAGACACAUUUCUUGUCAGAGGAAAGUGGCCUCUAGGAGCUCUCCUUUGUAGUGUCAUUCCCAGACCAUGUUUUCCAAUUCUUUCUCCAAAAACCCCUUCAGUCAACAGAUGAAGUUCUUCCAGCAAGCAUACACAGGUCUUCUGUGUUUCCUCCUCUCCUUUAGCCAUCUUUGGAAGCAAAAAAUUACUUCUUCAUCCCAGGCUUGACAGCCAUCUUGUGGUCAGCCCCUAUCUGGACCCCAGUAACCUCUUAGUGAGGUCAGUGGCUUUCUGGUAGAUUUUUGAAUGGUUGUUGCAGGGAUGGAGAGGCUUCCCAGCCUACUAAUAACUGAGGAGCCUAGACAUGUUGGAAUCCUCCUGUGUUGGCACAUGGCUGGUAUGUCCCUGUUAAGAUCUCUGGUUGUAGAUUUACAGAAGUGAGGGUGGAGGAAUCUAGAUGUGGAUUAAGGGGACAGGGGGCUUUUUUCUUAGCUAAAAUGUUCAAAUAUUAUUUUGAAUUGUGCCAGCUAUUUAUUGCCAGCCCCUCUGGGCCCUCUCCACUCCCAGAUCAGCUCACUAGUACUAAAAGGGUCUUUGGUCUUCAGCUCCCAGCUACUCCCUGUGACUGCCUUCUAGUAGAACCACAUGGGUUUUAUUCUCAACUGACCAGCCUAGUUAAUUUGGGGCAGUGGGCACAAAUGACCUUCCCAAGGAGCAGGUGUUGAUGACCCCAGCUUUCAGGGGCCCUUGGUGUUCCCCCUUACUAGAACCCUUAGAUCUGUUCUUUGCACCUUCUUUGUUUCUUCCAGGAACCCUAUUUUCUGGAGCUGAACUACACAAAUCUGUAGCUGCAAUUAUACUUAGUCAAGGAAGAGGGAAAGAAGGCUCUCAGCACAGACCUUCUAUUUCACUAAAGCCAAACCAGUUUAAAAUUAAAACCAUCUAGCAGAAUGAACUGGAUUUCCAUAUUCUCCUUUUUGCCUUCCUUCCCCCUGCACCCUAGAGCUAUCCGUGUUCUAGCUAACUAGAAGGGAAGGAGAUGAAAGCCUAGCAAUAAUUCCUUCCUCAACCCAGGUCCCUCUUUGAAGGCAACCCUCAUUUCCUCAGGCCUCCUCUCCUCCCCUAGACUCACUCAUCAUCUUAGGCAUUCCUCCAUGGAGUCAUCUUAUGGGCUCAGAUUCUAGAUUCUCCUAUUUUCCAGGUCCCUGCAGGCACUGCAGGGUCAUAAGGAGAACAGCCCAGCUGGGGGCCAGCCUAAUGUCAGAGACAUUGCUUUAGGUGUACAAAGUAGUUCCUUAAAAAAUUGCUUCUAUCCUCUGUACAAGGGCAAUGGAGGAAAAAAGCCUUUCUUUGAAUGUGCCUGCCUGCUGGCCUCCCUGGCAGCCUGGGGGAGGGUUACAAGGCUCAGGAUGCUGAACCAUAGGAAAGAAAUGUUCAUAACCAGUGGCAAUAUGUUCCAGGCCAGGACUACUCCAGGAGUGCACGAGUGUGGGAAUGAAACUGCUCAGAGUAGUUUUCUUCCACAGCUGUUUUAGGAUUGCACAUUCUAGACCAACCUUAUCCAGUAUUUUUUCUGUGUCUUAGCUUUUAGAUUCUUUUGUUAAGCCCCCAAGCGAGAAUUGGCCCUACAGGGAUCCAUGUGGCAGACACUAGAUGCUCUUUGGCCAAGGCCUUGGUAAUGACUCAGUCAUCCCAUUGCCUAUCCCUUAGCCCUACCCCAGAUAAGACCAUGGCAGGGGAGGAAACUGAAGUCAAGACUAACCAACUUUAUGUAUUAAAGCUGUUAUUUUUCCUCUGAGGGCAUUUUGCAUUAGAUCUGGGCUAUGUGCAGAACCAAAACUGGCUUUGAGAGUUACUGACUUAAAUUUGGGGCCCAGACACUCUGGGAGAGAGGUUUGCAUAGUAUGCUAUAAAGGUUUUGGGCCUACCUGGCUACUUCUGGGCCAGCCUGACUUCUUAUGUCCACAUUAGCACUACCUGAACCCCUCUGUUGAAAGCUAGCCCUACUCCCCUAAGCGGGUCAGAUUUUCAGCCCCUGGGCUUAGGGAGAGAAAACUGUCUGCAUGCUCUGGGGCAGUAAAGGAAGGCAUACCUAAGAGGCCCUGAGACUGACUAGGAACCUCUGCCUCAGAGGAUGUCCUUAGCAUCCUCAGGCCCUGGAGUUGGGUAUUGGCUUCUUUAUCCAGCUUUUGUGGAAACUGCCUUUGAUUUUAUCACUAGAGAAGGAAAAGGAGGUAUAGGACCCCAACCAUCCAGCAAAGCAGAUGUCCCCCAAAACAGGUUGGUUCCCAGCUACAGACCCUAGGAAGGUGAAUCCAGCCCUUCUCCUUCUUACUGGUAUUUCUUUCCUAAUUCAUUUGUUUUUAUUUUUCCAAGAACCAUAAACUCUCUGGCUAUUUUCCAUGUUCUCAGGGCCCCUGGGUAGACAGACACAGCUUGAUGAUUUUAGAGCAGACAUAGGCCAAGAAACCAUGGCAUUGAGUGUGCUGAGUCCAGACAAAUGAUAUUUAUAUACACAUCCAAAUUUGAAGAGAAAUGUAUUUCUUUAGGUUUCAAACACUGUAAUAAUAGAUAUAAAGCAAAAAAUAAAAAUCUGUUGCAAAGUUCUAAA